UGGUUAUUUUUAAAACAAAAAAGGAAGGAAAUUGAAAUUGGUACUUGGCUUAAGUUGUACUUCCGGUGUGAAAGGUCGCACCAAGAUGGCGCCGUCCAAGAAGAAACAUGCUAGUAGCCAGUGUUGUAUUAUUCCUGGAGGAUUUACAGUGCUGUCCUUACAGUUCAGUUCCGACAGCGCUGCACAGCACAGGCUGUAUGUGAAAGAGCAUAAAGUACGAGCAGAGAGGAACUCACGCAGACCUCUGGACCGGACUUUGUUUGUGCUCAACAUCCCUCCGUACUGCUCGGAGGCCGUUGUCACAGAACUGUUCUCGCAGUUUGGCUGUGUUCAGUCCGUGGAGCUGAGAGACCACCCUGGCUCCUUUCAGGAGUCAGGACCCAAGCUGUCCAAGUUUUUCAAACCAGUUGCAAAGCAGGGUUUCAAAGUUGGCUACAUUGUGUUCCAAAGUUCCUCAAGUUUGUCAGCAGCCAAAUCACACCCAUAUAAUGUGCCUUUGGUGGUCUGCACAGAGCAGCGUACAGUGAGCACAGGAGUACAGAAAUGGAUUCAGAAUUACACGGAGUCCUUUAUUCAGCCAGACAAAAUGCAACAGAUAGUCGACUCAUUUAUGGAAGACUAUGACAAACGGAAAGAAGAGGAUGCAGAGAGGCAAAGGAAGGCAGCUGAGCAGCAACAAGAGGAUGAAGAGGGCUGGGUGAAAGUCACAAAAGGACCGAAGGGCGCCAAGGCCCGUCCCCACACUGAGGCAGCCAACCAAAGGACUCUACAGAAAGAGAUGAGGAAGAAGAAGAGGAAGGAGCUCCUGAACUUCUACACCUGGCAGCACAGAAACACACAGAAAGAACAUAUUGCUGAACUAAGAAAGAAGUUUGAGGAGGAUAAACAGAGAAUAGCUCUGCUGCGGGCACAGAGAAAGUUCAGACCGUACUGAGUAAACUACACUGCUUUUUCUGUACUCAUUUUACUGCAUUUGUGUGUGUUAGGGACAUUGUCAACCAGAGCAUUUUUGUGUUAAUAAACUAUCAUUUGGAUUUACUUG